AUGGCGGACGGAUUAAACGAUCAACGAACUGCUCGGGUAGCAGACCUUCUAUCGGACUUCCGUACCCUCCAAUACUAUAUCGCUGAAGCUCCAGUGGAUCCCCAACACCAGGAUGACUACUACACAGAAGGAUGGGCAGCUUUGCGACAAUGCUCGAUUGACGGACAGCAUAUCUUGAACUGUGCUGCAGAGACUCGAGUUCCCCGAGUUCGAGGAGGACCAGAGGAGCAGGCAAAAGCUGAACUUCAGCAGGUUAUGCUCGAUGCAUUUUCGCGUCGACAUGAUGCGCAGAAGAUUUACCUUCGGCAACUUGCCGCGCAACGCUGGGUCGGAUGGCGAGAUCAGGUUCUUGCGGGGGGGAGGCCACAUACAGGAAACAUUGAGCAAUUGGACGCCUGUGAUGCACAAUUGCGAGUCGAACUUGCAGGCAUUACAGAUGACACUAUCCAUUCUGAUCUGCGAUCUUCUGAUUAUCAAAUGGGGCGCUGGACGCUCGAAGACCCUUCACUAAGACAUGUUCAACGGUGGCUACGCGCCCGCCGUUGA